AUGGGUUGGUUUUGGGCAAGUACUGCUGCUAAUAGGCCACAAGCGGGAGCCGCUGAGGAUCGUGAAAGCCUUUCGACAUGUCCUGUACAAUACAAAAAGUCAUCGGACCGGUCGGAAUGUCCAGUAAUGCACGGCUCUGAAUCCGGCAGGGAGCUCAAUCCUUUGAAUAACAUGCCUGCUUUCAUAUCAGCCAAGAAGCAGCCCGGACAGAAGUUGAAUCUGCCAACGGAUCGAACCGUUUCGAGUAUACCCAAGGGCGAAGAAGGGGACGCGAACUGGGAAUAUCCAUCCCCUCAGCAAAUGUACAAUGCUAUGGUACGGAAAGGUAAAAUUGAUCCAAACACUGGAGAAGAGAUCCCGGAAGAUGCGGUCGAAUCGAUGGUGUUCGUUCACAACUUUCUGAAUGAGGGAUGUUGGCAAGAAGUUUUACAGUGGGAACAACCAUACACAGAGCAGACACAGGUUCCUCCUAAGCUGCUAAAAUUUAUGGGUAAGCCUGAUGAGCUCUCGCCCCGUGCAAGAUUCUACCAAGCGCUUGGCCAGAUCUUUCCGAAGCAUUUUUCGCGUGAAGCGCCCUUCGAUAGGCACGAUUGGACAGUGCUGAGAGCUGAUCCAAUGUCCGCAGAUCCAGAAUUUCCUGGUUUUAGGAAGGUGCGCUAUGUCAUUGACUUCUAUGGUGGACCAGAUGACGAAGACGGGCUACCAACGUUCAACUUGGACGUUCGACCAGCGUUAGACAACUUUUCCAACGCGAGAGAUAGGUUUGUUCAUUACACAAAGCCUAUAUUUGAGGAAUAUUUUGGCAGGAAAUAG